AUGGCCAAUAGUUUUGCGAUUAUCAUCGAUAUUGUUGUUAAGGCUUGCUCAACAAUCGGCAAACAAAGCAUUGUCUAUAAUCAGAGGACUUUGGACGCGAAAACAUUCGCGCCGGACGUCCAAUUGGAACGCGGUGAUUCAAAAUGCAAAUAUGAGCUUAACGAUGGUGGAAAGCUUAUCAAGAUAAUUAAGAAGAAUGGAGAUAUUCACUACAUCCUUCGUUGCGUUGACGGCCGCCAAGUCUUCAUCGAGAAAUCGAAUGCUGGUUGCAGUUUGGUAAUGGUUAAUAAGAAAGGCGCCGUCACAAAAAGCCUAGCCGCCCAAUACUAA